GAGAGUGUGAUGACACCGUGGGGGCCGGCUAACGUGAUCUGGCUGGCAGUGAAUGAGAGUAGCCCGGGCAGCCUGCUGCUCCAGCUGUGCGAGCUGCUGGCCACCACGCCACUGCAGGGCCUCGUGUUUGAGGAGGAGAAGCCACCACCACCCAACCGUGCGCCACUGGCACCCAUGCUGGAGUUUGUCUCCGCGCAGACCGGCGUGCCUGUCAUGGCUGUGGGGGGAGGGGCCGGUCUGGGCAGGGAGCCCCAGGAGAGCGGCUCAGUCUACCUGCAGUUCUCCUGCUCCACGGCUCUGCAGUUGGAGGUCAUCUUCGAGGUGCUGGAGGAAUUCGAUUGGACAGCCUUCUCUGUGGUUACCACCCGUCAUCAUGGCUAUGAGGACUUUCUGGCCAUGGUGGAGGGCAUAACAGAUGGCUCAUUCAUUGGCUGGGAGAGGAAGAACACGGUGAUGCUCAAUGUGACGGACGACCCCGGUGGAGCACGCACCCGCAGACUGCUGAAGGAGAAUGAGGCUCAGGUGCGGCUCCUGUACUGCUCACAUGAAGAGGCGGAACAAAUUUUUAAGGCGGCAUGGCUGUCGGGACAGGCCACGCCCUCACACAUGUGGUUUGCCGUGGGGCCUGCUCUGUCGGGACUGGGAGUGGAGGGUCUUCCUAAGGCUCUGUUUACCGUUCGACCACAGGGAUGGCGAGAUGAGCCCCGUCGGCGCAUUGCUAAGGGUGUGUCGGUACUGACGCAUGGUGCCAUGGCUCUACGCAGGGAGUAUGGUGGUGCCAGAGGCACAGGCUUUGCUGGGAACUGCGUGACAGAUGGCAACCACACACAGAGGGUGCGGGACAGGAUCAGGUACUUCAGUAACAUAACACUAUCGGGGCGAGACUACUCCUUUAAUGAUGAUGGAUAUUUGGCCAGUCCACUAGUGGAUGUCAUCUCCUACAUGGCUGGGCGUGGCUGGGAAGAGGUAGGCUGGUGGGAGAAUGGUGUUUUGCGUCUGCGCUACCCCCCUUGGUCGCGCUAUGGCCCUUUUCUCAAGCCCCUGGACGACAGCCAGCACCUGCGUGUGGUCACGCUGGAGGAGAGGCCCUUUGUCAUCGUAGAGGCUGCUGACCCAGGCACCGGCUCCUGCAUACGCGACUCUGUGCCCUGCCGCCUGCCACUCAACAACAGUGCCCUGGUGGAAGGAAUUCAGUCCAUGAAGCACUGCUGCAAAGGUUUCUGCAUUGAUGUCCUCAAGCGAUUGGCUAAAAUAGUGGGGUUCACCUAUGACCUCUAUCUGGUGACCAAUGGCAGGCAUGGGAAGAACAUAGACGGACAGUGGAACGGAAUGGUGGGAGAGGUGGUGUCCAAGCGAGCUGACAUGGCCAUUGGCUCCCUGACCAUCAAUGAAGAAAGAUCAGAGGUUGUGGAAUUCUCUGUUCCUUUCGUGGAGACUGGCAUCAGCGUCAUGGUCUCUCGUAGCAACGGCACUGUGUCUCCUUCUGCUUUCCUUGAGCCUUACAGUCCUGCGGUGUGGGUAAUGAUGUUCGUCAUGUGCCUGUCAGUGGUGGCUGUAACUGUGUUCAUCUUUGAGUUUUUCAGUCCUGUUGGAUACAAUAGAAGUCUACAAAGUGGGAAGAAGGCAGGGGGAUCUAAGUUUACCAUAGGGAAGUCUGUCUGGCUGUUGUGGGCCCUGGUAUUUAAUAACUCAGUUCCUGUAGAGAACCCUAGAGGAACUACCAGUAAGAUCAUGGUACUGGUCUGGGCUUUCUUUGCUGUCAUCUUCUUGGCAAGCUACACUGCUAAUCUCGCAGCCUUCAUGAUCCAAGAGGAGUACAUAGAUACAGUGUCUGGUCUCAGUGACAAAAAGUUCCAGCAGCCCACAGAGCAGUACCCACCACUCCGCUUUGGAACUGUACCUAAUGGCAGCACAGAGGAGAACAUUCGGAGCAACUAUCCCAACAUGCAUCAGUACAUGGUGCGUAAUAACCAAAGAGGAGUCGAGGAAGCCAUCGAUAACCUUAAGACCGGCAAACUAGAUGCAUUCAUCUAUGAUGCAGCUGUGCUCAACUAUAUGGCUCGGAAGGACGAAGGGUGUAAAGUGAUGACAAUUGGUUCAGGAAAGGUGUUUGCAACAACAGGAUACGGCAUUGCCCUGCACAAGAACUCCCGCUGGAAACGGCCACUAGACCUUGCUUUGCUGCAGCUGGUGGGAGAUGAUGAAAUUGACAUGCUUGAGCGUCUGUGGCUUUCUGGUAUCUGCCAUAAUGAUAAAAUUGAGGUGAUGAGCUCCAAGCUGGACAUAGACAACAUGGCAGGAGUCUUCUACAUGCUACUGGUGGCCAUGGGCCUGAGCCUCCUGGUUUUUGCCUGGGAGCACCUGGUCUACUGGAAGCUUCGCCACUGCUUGGGACAUUCAAAGGGAGUGGAUUUCUUGCUGGCCUUCAGUCGGGGUAUGUAUAGCUGCUGCAGUUUUGAAGAUGAAACAGCUUCCGGAGGCCCCCAAAGCACUCUUCCACAAUACCAUCACGUUUCCUCUAUGCCCCCUCCUCCAAUGUCUCAUGUGGUCACCACUUCUGUAGCCAACCCUUCCAUCACUAUGGCACAACAGCAACAGCAGAAACAUCACCAGCAACAACAACCUGCGUACAAUGCCCUGCUUCCUGGUUCUCCACCAACAGCCGGGCUUUCAGGCAUGGCUCUUGGCCCUUCAAACAGCCCAAUUCUUGGAGCACCCAUGCCAUGCUCUACAUUUUUACCUCGUCCUGAGCGACGACUGGCUGUGGUGGAUCGAUGGACACGUCCAAAAACUGGCCCUGAAAAAGCGAUUGGCAUCAGCAGUGGCAUCACAGAUGUUACGCAAUUCCCACAGGCUAUGUCCCCUCACUGGGCUGCAGUUGGUGGAGGGGAGGAGGGGCUGGAUGAAUACAAGAGAUACUAUGGUCCAAUCGAUCCAAAAGGCCUAGGGGUCUCUGCAGAUCCACAAACUGCAGGUUCUCAAACUCCAAAAGCCACACAUCGAACAAAGUCCUCUGGAAACCCGAGGGUACCACCAAAAAAUCAGCCUUCUGGCCACUUACCCAUAAACCCAGCUUUGCCUCAUCCUUCUCCACCACAGCAGUCACUCUGGAGAAGAAGCAGUCUCUCAAAGAUGAAAAGCUCAGGGGGGCCCCUUUAUGAAAACAUCCUUCCCUUAGGGAGGAGAGGUGGGGGCAAGUAUGGAGGGAGGGAUGGGGGAGGCAGAAGAGGCCAUCAUCCUCCUCUGUUGCCUCUUCCUAUACCUGUUCCCCUCUCCUCCCCCACUCAAACUCCCCCUUCACCCUCACCUUCUGUGCACUUUACAUACAGCUCCUCCAGUACCUCCAGCUCCUCCUCCAGCUCCUCCUCUGUAUCAGUCUCACGAUCUAAUUCUCCUUCUUACUCCUCCAAUUCUUACUCAUCAUCACAGAGUUUCAGAUACAGGGCUGGUACAAGAGACAUGUAUGAGGAGUAUGACACAGAUGAGCUUACAGAGGAAUCUAGCCUUCUUUUAGGUAGGAGAAAAAGUCAUUCACGUAUGUCCUCUCGGUCCCUGCCCUGCAGUCCUCCACCUCCACCCAUACCACCCCGUAAACCCCGCCAACAGAAGGGACAGAUGAGAGACAGAGCUGGCAGCCAGCUGGCACAACUUCAGGAUUGGUGGGCAUCAUGGGGUGAAAAAGAGACAGUCAAAAGAAUAGGUGGGGGUGGUAGAAGCAAGGGUAAAGAAGAGAAAUGGCAUCACAAAGAGAGAGAAAGGGAGAGAAAGAGGAGAAAGAAGAGCCGAAAAAAAAAGAAGAGGGAUGAGCGAGAGAAGGAGAGAGAGCGCAAGAGGCGUAAAGUAAAAAAGAAGAAGAAAAAAGAGGAGAAAUCCAGACGAAGGGGAAAGGUUAAGCGACCUGGACUGGGGGAUGGUGACACUGAGAGGAAAGAGGUAUUCGAAAAAGAGAUAGAUCAUGAUUUUCUCCACUACCCCACCCCGAGGCGUAGCUCUUUCCGGAAGAAAAGUGAAAGUUCUAACCGGAGUUAUGAGUGGGACAUAUCAAGAGAUGGAGGAAGGAGGCAGAGAGAUGAUCAAGUGAGUGAUAAUGAUGAUGGAGGUAGAGGAAGAGAAAAACGCCACACAAGCCCUCAGUCCCAUCACCAUUCCAGGCCAAGGUCUAGCAGUAAUCGUUGUCCUACAUCAAGUAAACACUCAACAUCUGUCAAAUUUUGGGGUAGUGAAAACCCUAAUUCUGAGUCUCCAUCAUCAUUUCUACCCCUGCUUCCUCUUAACUAUAAGAGAAGACAGUCUUUUGGGUCUGAGAGAGAGGAACAUGGGAAAGGAGGUGAGAGCCGACCCCUUUUAGGAAAGAAUGGACGAGGAAAGUCCUGCUCAAGAGAAGGUUUAUCAUUCCAUAAAUGGGAUUCAGAAGAAGGAGAGUCAGAAGACUCAGAAGAGGAAAGGGACAGAUCUGAGGAGCGAGGAAGAAAAAGAGAGAGCAGAGGGAUGGAAUCAGAGUCUGAAAGGGAGAGAGACAAAACUGUUGAUAUCUACACAGAUGAUGAUGGUUCUUCAGGAGAAUUUGGUAAGUUUGAGAGAUACUGGGAGGGACAUGAAGGAAGGGCCAUAGGAGGCAUUGGGGGUGGAGGUUGGUUUUUUGGCACCUAUCCUGCUAGAGAGAGGGGGGGCAGCAUAAAUAGCAGGGAUGACUUUUUUUUAGGUGUAGGAGUUGGAGAAAGCAGUUGGGGUUUUGGAGGGGGUUCAGGAUGGGGCUCUGGAGGUUUGGGAUCAAAUCAGUGUCCACCACCACCUUUAACUCCCCCACCUCCACGGAGAUACUGGUCUGUGGAUAAAUUGCCUGUAAAGACUGAAAAGAAGUCCAAGAGCAGAUCCCAAGACAAGAGUCAUGGCCACACUGCCUGUUUCUGCCAGUCACCCCACCACACUAAGUGGAGCCGGGUAGCCUCUCGCAGUCAAGAGGAGCUACUGCCUCACUGCCAAAGUUUCAGCAGCACCACCCGAGCCAAACGGCAGUCCAAGCUGGACCGGGCUCAAAGCCAAACGAAAUCUGGAAGUCAGUCCAGCCUCAGUGUUCAGAGAUCACAACAUUCUGAAAGGUCCAGAGAGCCAUCAUCACCUCCUCAGACUGUGCCAUCUUCUCUGCCACCCCCUAUAGUCCCAGCUCUCCCUGCACCUCCAUCAUCCACUCAUCCAAUUCAUGUUCCUCCACCCACUUCCUCCUCCUCUGUCUCAUCUCCAUCAGCGAUUUCUUCAACACCUGGUGCGCCCCAGCCCUCCUCCAUGUCCUCUUCCAGUGCCAAGCUCCAGUACCAGAGAAUCCGCUCAGUCCCCCAGCCCCAAAGGUAUCAAUCCCCACAUCGUCCCCUCAAAACCAAGAGUUUGUGCUCACGUCGAGGUUCUGCCCACUUCUCCAGUGUGGAAAGUGAGGUCUGAGGCAGAUCAUCAAAGGAGAGACAUCAGUGAACAGUCUGGGGACAGUUCAGUUGCUUGCUCUGAAGGAUAAUUCAUACUAGCUCAAAAUGAAAGUGAAAUAGGGAUGCUUCAUUUCUUGCACAAAGCUCUGUUGUGCUUCUUAAAGAAAGGUGGAUUGGGUUGUUGCACACAUUGUGGCUUUCCUUUUUUACUGCAUAAGAAUUGUACUGCCUUGCUAACAACCCUUAUUUUUGUUAGAUGGGGAAUGCUAAAAUGCAACUGGCUUAUCUUCUCUCAGUUCUCUGGGUCAGGGGUCAAAUAUUAUGGAUGAAUGUGAUGUGUCUUUGAGUGUUGUGAUGUUCAUGGACUCAUCAUGAGCCAUGGAUUUCCAGAGGCAGAAAACAUUUUACCAAUCUCUGUACUGUCCAUCCUCUUUCAUCCACCUGUAUGAGCUUUGUAUUCUGACAUAACUGUUGUGUGUAUUUGUAUCUCAAGGGAUGUGUUAACUAAGAAAAGUAGCAGUUUACUUUUUGUCCCCCUAAAAACAUAUCCCCUACCUCUAAGACUCACAUCUAGCAUUCUGUAUUUCUAUGUCAGCGUGUUUGUAUUCUGAACAACAGGGUAAGUCAGCCAUGACUGAUCUAAUAUUGGCUCAUUGAAGCUGAGUGCCAAACUUAAAUGGAGCUUUCACACAUUCAAAUCAGAUUUAGAUCUCAUUCUCUUCCCUUGAGCAAUACAUAAUUAUGUACAAUGACACAUUCAAUACAUAUGUUUUAUAGUCAUAAAUUUAUAUAUAAUCAUAUAGAAGCAGUACAAAUUGCAAUGCAGUGCAGGUCUCCAGAGAGGAGAGCACAUUUUCAUACACAGGUCCAAGUGCUUCUUGCUUGCACAGCUGAAGAAGGACAUCUGUCAAAAAUGUCCUGUUUCUCUGUAACCUCUGUAUACAACAUUGCAAUUUUUACUACAUUUACACCUUUAACCAUGGUACAUUGCAUUUACUCCCUGUAAGUUUCUUCAUAAUGUGGUUCAAGUCCAGAGUGUUGACUCAUUAAAGAACAAAAGCACUGUGCUAUAUAACAUGGGGGCACAUGCAAUGCUUUAACUACCUAAAGAGUCAGUGGCAGCCCUUCCCGUCUGAAUGUAUGUGUUGCCAUUACAACACAGUGUACUGCAACCAAGAAGACACUUCGUAAGGUCAUAGCUUUUGGGGGAAAUGUCUUCAAGACUAUAUCAAGUUUUGGUUUUGGAUGUCUCAAAAUUGUUUAAAUAGCAAAGAUCACAGAGCUAGCCAUAUUGCAGCGCUGUACCCUCAAUCAAAUGUCAAUGUUAGAUUUAAUGUAUUUAUUAUAACUUGCAUUUAUUCAGACAGCGAUAAGCAGGAGAGCACUGUUUACAGUUAAGCACUGUGUUUUUACAUCUUUUUUUACUAACUGCUCUGCUGUUACUUUAUUAGUUGAUGUAAUAUCCACACUUGUGUAGUUUGCACAGGUCACAGCAAAAGUGAAAACUAAUCAAACAGAUUUCACUCAAGUUAGAUAUGACUGUACAUUGUUAAGGGGAGAUCCAGUACCUGCUUUUGGUACUUUAAGGAAAGACUAUGACUAAUGAUCAGAACUUUUAAUGAUUUGCUUAUACCAUUAGUGCUAGCAUUUGAAGUGAUUGAUGAUUGAUUGUGAAUAACGUUUAGGGCGUCCGCAUGUUGGCACCAGGCCUGAGUCAAAUAUGGAUUUUAAACGUUUGUGGCAAGUUCAUCAUCUGUUUUUUAAAAUUAUUAUUAUUUUAUCUAGCUUGAACACUUCAUUAGAUAUUUUCUCUAUCUGAUAUUAUAACUUUAAAUCAAAAUAUCUUAGCUGUUACCUGUUUAAAUAUAAGUUAAAAUUGUAAUUUUUUUAUUUGUAAUUGUUUUUCCUUCUUCACCCCCCUCCCCCAAAAAAGAAGACUGCUGGCAUAUUUGACCCAGUUCUAAGCACAGACCAACAGGCUGACUUUGUUUCUUUGUGUGCUUGUUACUGCAUCUGAGCCAUACUAAGCAUACCUGUUGUACACUAAGCUUUUUAAAAAAUAGUGCUAAUUAAUUGGAGUAUAUAUUGUUGUCAGUGGUCUGAACAAUAAUGUCAAGGUACACUAAGACUGAUGGCUGUGAUGUACAAAACAAGGGCAGUAGAUUUUCUUUUAAAUCCUGAAGAAAACAGAAUCAAUGACAUAUUGCUUCACUGUCACAGAUCUCUUACAAACUCAUGUGGGCUUUGUUUAUCUUGACAUUACAAUUUAGCAUUGGGCAGCUUAUAUAUACAUCCUUUUAUCCAGUUUUGAUUUGUUGUGUAAUACUUGUCUGGAUUACUUUAUAUAUGGCUGUACCCUCAUAUAUGUGUUUGUGAAGUUUUAGAUAGCAAUAGAAAAUAGCUGUUCAGCAAGCCAGUCUAGCUGAAGACAAAAGUGUUUGUUUUUAUUUAUAUUACCAGAUUUAAUGAUUACAAAUGUGCUACACAUAAUACCUGCAAAUAAUGAUUUUAAAUUCUCUUUUGUUCCAUUUUAUAUUCAUAUCGAUAAGUAAAGAUUGGCCGUUAGCUAUUAUAAAAUUUUCUGGGAAGAUGCUUUAUUCUGUGAUUUUAAAAGUAUAUGAAAUACUGAAGAUGGGCAAGUUAUCGUCUAGCUGGACCCCACCACCAAUCACUAUUUAAAAAUGGCCACUCUUUCACUAUUUGUCUUUUUGUGUUCAUAGUGUCUACUUUUUUUACUAUGUGGUGGAUAAGUCUGUUAUCUAAAU